UGUAUUUAAAUCUUCUUAAUAUAUCAUGAAUUAGAAUAAAUUAUCUUUUAAAUACAAAGAUUUAGGUAAGGAAAAAAAGAGGUUAAAAUUCGAGGAACCAAUAUAAAUUAUACUCCUCUUUGCAAAAUAAAUAAAUAAAUAUAUAAAUUAUACUCCUAUUAUAAUGGGGGCUAGGGUUUAUCUCCCACAAAAAAUUGCGCUGAUUUCAUAAGCGUCAGUUACAGUUAGGAGUAGUUUUUGGGAGGAAAAGAUGGCGUCGCGACCGGAGCUGCAAGCGCCGCCGGAGAUAUUCUAUAACGACGACGAAGCUCGUAAAUACACAUCAUCUUCUCGCAUCAUCGAUAUUCAGGCGAAACUUUCUGAGAGAGCUUUGGAGCUUCUUGCUCUGCCUGAUGAUGAUGUUCCAAGACUGCUGCUUGAUAUUGGUUGUGGAUCGGGACUUAGCGGGGAGACAUUGACUGAGAACGGCCACCACUGGAUUGGUCUAGAUAUAUCCGGGUCAAUGCUAAAUGUUGCAUUGGAGCGUGAAGCUGAGGGUGACCUUAUACUUGGUGACAUGGGUCAGGGCUUAGCGGUUCGCCCUGGAGUUAUUGAUGGUGCAAUAAGUAUCUCAGCUGUUCAGUGGUUAUGCAAUGCUGACAGAUCUUCUCAUGAACCGCGUCUGAGACUGAAGGCCUUCUUUGGGUCAUUAUACCGAUGUUUGGCACGGGGAGCUAGGGCAGUCUUACAAGUAUACCCUGAAAAUUUGGCACAACGGGAGCUGAUCCUGGGAUCUGCUAUGCGAGCUGGGUUCUCUGGGGGUGUAGUUGUUGAUUUCCCACAUAGCACCAAGACAAGGAAAGAAUUCCUCGUGCUCACCUGUGGUCCAGCAUCGCUGAGCAGUGCCACUCCACAGGCAAAAGGUGAAGACGGAGAGAGUUGUUCUGAUGAUGAAGAUAGCAGUGGAGAUGAAGAAAAUCAGUCGGUUUCUGUAUCGGACAGGCACAGGCCGAGGAAGAAGCAUAAACUAAACAAGAAGGUAAAGGGAAAAGAGUGGAUUAUGCAAAAGAAGGAGAAACUGCGCAGGAAGGGAAAUGUGGUUCCAGCUGAUUCGAAGUACACUGCUCGUAAAAGAAAAACUCGAUUUUGAUAAAAUUUAUCGAUUUCUGAAAAAAAAAAAAAAAAAAAAAGAAAAAGAAAAAGAGAGAGAGAAGGAUGACUGUUGUUGUCUGAGGCACAAAGAUUUUGGUUAGCAGAGGCAAAUUAGUUGUUGGUAUUGAUUUCAAAUUUUGUUUGGAUUAUUUCAAGGAUGAUUUAAGUUAAAGUUAUUUGUGAGUGAAUGCAAAAGUUGGUGAUGCCAUUUUCUUUUAA